UCUCUCUAAAAGCUCAGAGAGCUCUGAGAGGACUCCUGAUAACAGGCCUAGGUGAAUGGUGCUCGGGAGAAGAUCUGAGAUGCAGUGUAGUGCUAUCAAGAAAUCCAGAAUUUUAGAUAUGAAUCUUGACAAAGAAGCUACUGUUGAUCAAGAAAAUCUCAGGAGCACUAAAAUUUUGAUCAACAUAGGCAAACUCGGUGAUAGAAGAUUAGCCACAGACCAGAAGAUUCAGAAGAAGCAAGGGACUGCUCUAAAAGCUUCAAAUAAUUCUAAUAAAAAUGUGGUUUACUUCAAUAAAAGGAAUGGAAAGAAUUCAUCUUUUUCAGGUCUCAUGAGUCCAGCUAAAUCAAGGAACCUCUGUCAGAUUUUGGCAUCAAAGAGCUUAGGACAUUCAACUAUGCCUAGUAUUAGUAAGUUCAUUAUAAUUUUGGCUAUUUACAAUAUUCUUGCUUUUCUGAUUGAGGUCUUAAUAACUAAAAUCUAG